AUGACUCCCGGAACCGGCGACAAGAAACUCGACAAGUCGUACUUGAGCUCCGCGGUCGAUGUCAUCUAUCCGUGGUCGAGUAGUCGCACGGCUACGCCCACACCGGAUAACACAGCGAGCAUAGCCGCGUUUGAUGGGGCUGCUGCGCCCAAGGCAACUGCUUCGGCCGACCAUGCAAUCACGCCGUUUUAUGGACAGAGCUUUAGGACGUACCCCAAGGAUUGUCCGACGUUAAACGUGCAGUGGUUUCAUGCGGCCGAUGUGCCGAAACGAAAACCGAGGUUGACCAAGGGACCACAGAAGCAAGAGAAGGAAAUAAAGCCGCCUGUUCGGCCGAAGAAGUUUGCAGCAUUCUCCGAGUCUGAUUCGCGGAGGACGGAAGCACGGUAUCAGAAGCUUUUGGAAGCAGCAGAGGAUAAAAACAAUUCAACGAGAGACUCUCAAAACCGCCCUUCAAAACGAUCCAAAUUCGAGAAUGCUGGCGCCCUUGACGAUUCAUAUCGGGGCCAUACGCGGGUUGCUGUCAAUGAGGACUACUUGUUCGAUAUCAACAUUGAGGAGAGGGAGCUUACCCCUGUGUAUUGGCUUGGGCCAAGUUACGAAGUGCGGCGUGGCACCUGGUUCUUCCAAGAGGGCUCAGGUCUAAGACCUUGCGAAGAAAACCUUGCAGCCCAGCUAGAAGAGGGCUAUCUGAAAACCAAGCCAUGGCUACUUCCUGGUCGUCUCCGAAGCAAGUCUGAAGUCAAGGAUACCGCAGGGUCUGUUAAAGCAGAAGAGCCUCAAGCAGCAGAUCAGGAGCCCCCAGAGGCUACUACUAGCGCUCAAAAGCCACCGGCGGGUACUGCCCAGUCGCCGCAACCGCAACUGCCAACGUAUCGUCUAUUUGGCGCUUACAUGAACAAUGUUGCUACCUAUCAGGAUGAAAAAACCGCUUGGAUGACUACUGAUGGUAUGCUCUCAUGGGUAGCUGCCUCGGUGUAUGAGCGGUUCGCCGGUGGUGGAUAUAUGAGCGGCGUUAAGUUGAUUAGAGGAUAUUCUGAACCGAAAAAAGCCCAGGACACCAAGGCCGCGAAGGAAAACCCCAGUACUCUGGGCCUGCAUGAACGACAAAAGCUCGUAAAUAGAAGAUCAGCCCCUCCCACCACAGGAGACCCCUUGGAAGACUUGGGGUAUAGCCAAAUUGUACAGAAGGAGACCCAAGAACGGGAUGCAGAGCUGCAACGGCGAUUGUCUUCUUUUAUGGAGAGCGAGGGUCGCAUUACUGGGAAAACCGAGGAACAAAUCAGACAACGCGAAGAAGAGGAAAUAGAAGACGACUACAAUGCACGGGAUGGAGAAGCUCAGGGCCGAGAAAUUGAGCAUUUGGUUCUUGUAACUCACGGCAUUGGACAACGACUAGGUUUACGCAUGGAAAGCUUAAACUUUGUUCACGAUGUAAACGUGUUGCGCAAGAAUAUGAAAUCUGUCUACAGCAAUUCAGCGGAUUUGAAGGCGCUUAACUCUGAACUUGGUGCUGGUCAGGGGAACUGCAGAGUGCAAGUACUUCCGGUUUGCUGGAGGCACUUCAUUGAGUUCCCAAGGCAACGGCAGAAGAAAGGCGAACACGAUUUAGGCGAUGUUACAGAUGAGGAUGAUAAUUGUGAGCCUUCCGACUUUGAGCCGGUUGUCAAACGCUAUAUUGACCACCACCAAUUAGACCCAUCACUCGAAGACAUAACCGUCGAGGGAGUUACUUUUGCCCGAUCCCUAAUCUCAGACCUCGCGCUCGACAUCUUGCUCUAUCAAAGCUCAUACAGAGAAGAAAUUUCCAGAGCCGUUGUGGCAGAGACUAACCGAAUUCUGAAACUCUUCCAAGAGAGGAACCCUGAGUUUAAAGGAAAAGUGCACCUUAUGGGCCACUCAUUAGGCUCUGCCAUUUUCUUUGACGUUCUCUGUCGUCAGAGGGAGACGGAUCCUGAUGAUACCCGCCGCCCGCUUCGAUUCUGGCCCUCGCACAACCGGCCUGAUAUCAGACCAAAGGACGAAGAGCUGGAGUUCGACUUCGACGCCUCAAAUUUCUUCUGCCUUGGGUCUCCCGUCGGCUUGUUCCAGAUGCUCAAGGGAAGGACUAUUGCUGCCCGCCCAUCGCCACAUGGCUUGGCUUCAAAAAGCUUGCCGAACGCUGAGUACACCGAUGACCCGUUCUUGACAACCCCCGCAGGUACAGGUCUGGAUAGCAUUUCUCCAGUCAGUGGUCUAUCGACGUCAGUUUCGUGUCCCAAGGCGGAGCAGCUCUUCAACAUCUUCCACCCGUCCGAUCCCAUCAGUUACAGAAUGGAACCGCUGAUUUCCCCUGCCAUGGCCUCACUGAAACCACAAGCCCUUCCCUACACCAAGAAGGGAAUUUUUGGCAAUGUCGCACCGCAAGGAUUAACCGGCAUUGGAGCCAAAGUCGGCCAGAGUGUCAGCGGCAUAUGGUCCAGCCUAAGCGCUGGACUCGCCAGCAAUAUACUGAAUCGCAGUCUCGGGAUCACCAGCGAGGAGGUUGCGCGUCUUGGCACAGAGGAGCAGCGCCAUGGAGACAAGAAGGGCGAGGCGACCGGCAGUCAGGAGGCGGCAGAACAAUCAGCUGAAAGAAAGAGGCAACUGGCUGAAGCGGCGGUCAGAGGGCGACGUGUGAGCGACAACGGCAACUCGGUCACGCUCAUUGACGAUGAGCUGGAGACGCUGUAUUCAACGUUCCAGAAGCGGCACGACACGGCACAUGGGAACGAGGCGAUGAGCCACCUCAAUGACGAGUCGCGCAAAGCUCGAAAGCUGCGGGCGGAGGAGGCCAAGGUGCGGGCGCUCAACAGAAACGGCCGUGUCGACUACAACAUCCAGGAGAGCGCUUUGGACUUUAACCCAAUCAACACGAUUGCAUCACACAUGAGCUACUGGGGAGAUGAAGACGUCACACAUUUUGUUUUGUCUCAGCUGUUGUCCGGAAAGCCGGUGGGCAGAAAUACAAAAGGAAACUAG